AUGACAUCGCCGCAAGGAGGGUCUACCGCUGCGAUCAACCAUCCCAAGUCUUUCCACAGCCAGUCGACCUCUAACAGACGCCAGUCAAGAAUCACAGUCGAGUACCAUCGCCCGUCCAGAGAGUCCAUCCAGGAAUACUCUGAUCUCCUCAAAGACGCCAAUCUGAACGCAUACGCUGCAUCUUUCAAGGAUCAGUACCAGCCGACGAGACCCGCUCCUCCUGCCCCCGUCGCUGCCCUCAAAGCAAAGGCCGACGGACACCCCCCUCGUGUCCGCAACUCCCUCCAGAAGCCCCCGCCUCGUGCUCGCAAGCAUUCUCUUCCUUCCACGCCACCUGCUGCCCGUGGAGUCGACCACGAUCCUUUUGCAGCCGUAUCUCCCACUUCCACGGUCAUAUCCGCCUCUUCCCCUCCUUCCCUCAAUCAGUCCGGGAUGACAUCCCCUCCUCCUCGUCCUUCCCGCGCCAACACUGCUACCUUGAAUGACAUAUUCCCACUCCAGCAGUCCCACAUCGCUGCUUCUUCCAGACGUUUAUCGGUCCCUGUUUCAGCCCCACUACUAGACUCCCAUUUCGCAGCCGAUCCCUCCGAGUCUGUCCCUUCACUCCCAUCUACAGAUGCUUCCCCCACUCCCCCGGCUUCCGCCACAGGCACUCGUUCCAGGAGUGGUACCAUCGCUUCUAAGCCAAAGAAGGGUAUGCUGGGAUUCAUGUCCGAAUUCCUGAAUACCUCAAAGCGACCAGAGAUCAGCACUCCUUAUGAUCCCGUCCACCUCACUCACGUUGGUUUCAACUCAUCCACAGGCGAGUUCACCGGACUCCCAAAGGAAUGGCAACAGCUCCUCCAGGAGAGCGGUAUCUCCAGAUCGGAACAGGAAAAGAAUCCUCAGGCCGUGAUGGACAUCGUCAAAUUCUAUCAGGAAGGCCAUGGCGAUGUCUGGGACAAGAUGGGAGCGAUCGAGACCACUCCUUACCUUUCCUCCCAAAAAGGUCUCCCCGCCGAAGAUAGCCCCCAGAGUUCGCGUCUCGCACCUCCUCCCCCGAAGAAACCGAUGCCCUCACCUGUGUCGCCAUCGGCAUCUGCACCGUCCACAUCCUCCCCCAGUGCCUUCAGGCCUGCACCGGCCCCACCUACAACAGCUAUUCCUGCCUUAGAUCGGUCCACAUCACAACGCACCCCGACUCGGGCAACCAAACCCCAAGACUUAGGGCGCGCCAACACGACUCGUAUCAAGCGGACCCCAUCCACCGGGGCAUCGCAUAGCCCUCAGCUAUCCCACGGAGGUGCCGGAACAGGUCCUGGUGAGGCUAAGCCCUCACCUGGGCCAUCACGGUCUGAUCUCCCUUUCAAAGGUACGGGUCCGCAGCAAUCGUUGUCUUCGUCAAAAGAGCGAGACAAGGAACGUGAACCCAAGGCAUUGCAGCAACACUAUCAACCACAUCACGCUCAACAACAGCAGCAGCAGCAGAGUCCUGCGGUCGCCAGUCUUGCCAAGGCUGCUUCCGGCGCAACUCCGCGACGGAGGGAAAAGAAGGACAAGGACAAUUCAGACGACAUCAUCCGACGCUUGCAACAAAUAUGUACUGACGCAGACCCCACUAAACUCUACCGAAAUUUGGUCAAAAUCGGUCAGGGAGCGUCUGGCGGUGUUUAUACGGCCUACCAGGUCGGCACGAAUCUUUCGGUCGCCAUCAAACAAAUGGACCUCGACAAGCAGCCCAAGAAAGAUCUUAUCAUCAACGAGAUCUUGGUGAUGCGUGCUUCGCGGCACCCCAACAUCGUCAACUACAUCGAUUCAUUCCUGUACAAGAACGACCUCUGGGUGGUGAUGGAGUACAUGGAAGGCGGCUCCUUGACAGACGUUGUUACUGCUAAUCUGAUGACAGAGGGUCAGAUCGCAGCCGUUUCAAGAGAAACGGCGCAGGGCCUAGAGCAUCUUCAUCGCCACGGUGUUAUCCACCGGGACAUCAAGAGUGACAACGUGCUGCUGAGCAUGAAUGGGGACAUCAAAUUAACCGACUUUGGGUUCUGCGCGCAGAUCUCUGAUCCCGCCAGCUCGAAGAGGACUACCAUGGUUGGCACACCAUAUUGGAUGGCUCCCGAAGUUGUGACGCGCAAGGAGUACGGGCCCAAGGUGGAUAUCUGGUCUUUGGGUAUCAUGGCUAUCGAAAUGAUUGAAGGGGAGCCGCCAUACCUCAAUCAAAAUCCUCUUAAAGCGCUUUACCUCAUCGCUACCAAUGGGACGCCCCAGAUCCAGAAUCCCGAGGCUCUCUCUGCGGUGUUCAGCGAUUACCUCGCCAAGGCACUCGAGGUAGACGCUGAGAAGCGACCCACAGCCUCGGAGCUUCUCCAGCCGCUUCGGACAUUAUCGCCGCUCAUCAAGGCCGCACGGGAACUCGCAAAGUCUAAAUAG